AUGGGCCACCUCAACGAACGCGGCUGGAUCAAUGUCGCCACACUUGCCGUCUACCUUCCGCUCCUGGCGGGCACGCUCUUCACGCUGUUUCUCCAGCGUUGGCGCAUGAAGUCCUUCUACUACCUCCUAACAUUCAUCCUCGUCAAAUUCGUCGGCGCCGGCAUGACCAUCGACGUCCAACUCAACAACAACACCUCGCUCUACACCCCCGCCGCCAUCCUCAGCACCGUCGUCCUCACCCCACUCGUCAUGGCCGUCGCCGACAUCAUCAACCUCAAGCACGCGGCAUCCAGCAGCACCCGCAACACCCCCAACGACCGCCGCGCCAGCCGCCUCCGCCCCCUCGAGCUCGUCAACCGCACCGCCUUCCCUUCCCACCCCCCGCCCAGCUACUCCCCAUCCCCCUACCCCCCCACGCACAGCUACCCCAGCAGCUCCACCACCACCUCCACCGACCUCAACCUCAACAAACCCCUCCCACCACCAACCGCCCCCCGCCACAGCACCAUCCUCGCCCGCCUCACCCACCUCUCCAUCCUCCUCUCCCUCGGCCUCGGCGUCACUGGCGGCCUGCGCGUCUUCUCCAGCCCGACCUCCAGCACGCCGCCCACCGCCGACCAGCUCUCCUCCGGGGAGACGUACAUGCGGGGCGCCGCGGGGUUGGCGGCAUUGGCGGUGGCGCUGACGUUCGUGGCGGCGGUGAUGGGGUGGGGGCGGGCGCGGGGGAUGGGGACGCAGGGGAUGCAGGGGGGCAGGUGGUGGGGGGUGGCGUAUGGGGUUGUGUUGGGGGUGGGGGUGCCGGCGUUGGUGGCGAGGGUGGCGUACACGGUGGGGGUGGCGGCGACGGUGGGGGAGUGGGAUGGCGGGGAUGGUGGGGCGACGAGUGUGUGGGAUCCGUUGCGGGGGAGUUGGGUGUUGUAUCUUUGUUUGGCGUGGGUGCCGGAGGUGGUGGUUGGGGUGGCGCUGGUGGGGGUGGGGUGCGUCAAGCCGAGGGCUUGA